AUGGUAAGAACCCCAUCUAUUGAAAAAAAUGGAAGAAAGAGGGGUGCACGGAGUGAAGAAGAAUACAACAAACUAAGAGCUUUUCUUGAAAAACAUGGCCAUCCGAAUUGGCGGCAAUUGCCUAAAUAUGCUGGACUAAUGAGAUGUGGAAAGAGCUGCAGACUGAGAUGGAUGAAUUAUUUGAGGCCUGGUUUAAAGAAGGGGAAUUAUAGCCUUGAAGAAGAGGAACUCAUUAUAAAAUUACACAAUGAACUCGGAAACAGAUGGUCAGCCAUUGCAGCAAAAUUUCCAGGAAGAUCGGACAACGAUAUAAAAAACCAGUGGCAUGCUCAUCUUAAGAAACGUGUGAAUACAAAUACCAAUUCAUCAAUAUCAACAGAGCAAUUUACUGAAUCUUCUCUAUCUGUAGAAUCACAAAAUGAUCACUCUUCUAAUUAUAAAGUUUCAGAACAUGAAGCUGACAAUGAUAUGAAAGAGUUGUCGUCUGCUAGUACAGAUCCAAUUGAUAGAAUAUUCUGCAGUAACUUUGCGGCCAAUGUCCUCAGAGUUCUCAUCAAAUGGAAUGGAGUGGACAGAAGAAGAUCAUAUCAGGUCAAUGGAUCAACUUUCAAGCCUCAACUCAGCAGAACCACGUCCAUAUUUCUUCAACUUUUACUGGACAAAACCCAUUGUUUACCUUGA